AUCAUACCCGGUUGUCCUUGUAUCUCCCCUUUCUCCGAACGCACGUACGGAGCGAAAAUCAAUAGAGGGAGUGUGUCGAGGGAAAUACCAAUCAUGCACCCUAUCAGUGCGGUGGCGCUGGUGUCCAUGGCGAUCAGGAACGGCGGUGCCGACCAGAGCGCCGCUCUGCUGGGGGCGGAGAUAGAAUUCGGGACGGUGUUGUGGUUCACGUAUGCCGGUAUUUCAUGUUUCCUGGUCCUUUUCGCCGGCAUUAUGUCGGGCCUGACGUUGGGACUCAUGUCUCUGGGCCUCGUCGAUCUCGAGAUCCUCCAGCGCAGUGGAACCCCGGCCGAGAAGAAACAGGCUGCUGCGAUAGUUCCAGUGCUAAAGAAGCAGCACCAGCUACUUGUGACGUUGCUUUUAUGUAAUGCUGCUGCAAUGGAGGCACUUCCCAUAUACCUGGAUCGAAUUUUCAAUCAAUAUGUGGCCAUUAUACUUUCUGUGACUUUUGUUCUAUUUUUUGGUGAGGUAAUUCCUCAAGCCAUAUGCACUAGAUAUGGACUUGCUGUGGGUGCCAAUUUUAUUUGGCUCGUGCGGAUACUGAUGGUCGUAUGCUAUCCUAUUUCUUAUCCUAUCGGAAAGAUUCUUGAUUGUGUUUUGGGACAUAAUGAGGCACUCUUUAGACGAGCACAGCUAAAGGCUCUUGUUUCUAUCCACAGCCAAGAGGCUGGCAAAGGUGGUGAACUCACACAUGAUGAGACAACAAUUAUUAGUGGAGCUCUAGAUUUGACAGAAAAGACUGCUGAGGAAGCCAUGACCCCGAUUGAGUCGACGUUUUCCUUGGAUGUCAAUUCCAAAUUAGACUGGGAAGCAAUGGGUAAGAUUCUUGCUCGUGGCCACAGUCGAGUUCCUGUAUAUUCUGGCAACCCCAAAAACAUUAUUGGGCUUUUACUGGUAAAGAGUCUUCUCACGGUGAGAGCUGAAACAGAGACACCAGUUAGUUCCGUUUCUAUUCGGAGAAUUCCACGUGUGCCUGCAGAUAUGCCCCUUUACGACAUACUCAAUGAGUUCCAAAAAGGCGGCAGCCACAUGGCGGCUGUGGUGAGGCAGAAAGGGAUAAUUCGGAAGCCUCCGUCUAUUGUGGAAAAACCCAACGAGAGUGAAAAGGGAGAUUCGGACCUAACUAUCCCUUUGCUUUCGAACAAAGAAAUGAAGGCUGAGGACAUUGUGGUGGACAUAGAGAGAGUCUCGAGGCCGCCUUCCAAACACAACCUGGUGCAUGGUGAUGGAUUGCUCCUUCCAUCGGAUUUUUCUGAGGAUGGUGAAGUUAUUGGUAUUAUCACCUUAGAAGAUGUAUUUGAAGAACUUUUGCAGGAGGAAAUAGUUGAUGAGACGGAUGAAUAUGUUGAUGUGCAUAAAAGGAUACGUGUGGCGGCAGCUGCUGCUGCUUCAUCAGUUGCGCGGGCCCCGUCGAGUCGGAGGUUAACUGGCCAGAAAGGAUCUGUAAGCCAUCUUAAGCAAGGUCAGAACCCCAAGAAAUCAAAUGCAGAUGAUUGCACAUCUGCUAAUAUUGGAAAGUAAUUUUGGUGGGCUCUUCCUCCGGAAAAUAAGAACUAAAAAGAUCUCAAAUUUUGGUGAAAAGAGUGAAGAACA